CAUUUGAGUUAACGGCAAAAACGCGUCUUCGAUCCAAAUGGCCAAUUGGUCACCACCGGCUUGUUGCAGGAUCGAGGCCAGCAGGCUGCUGCUGCUGCUGCUCUUCAUCUUGCAGAUUAUCGCUCUAACGCCAGCGGCACGCUAUCCCAACGCAAACAACAAUAAUAAUAACAAUAACAAUAAUAAUAAUAAUAAUAUUUGGCGUCGCGUUCGAUUGGUAACCAGCGUUAGCGCCAGUUCUGCACAGGAGCGCGAACGCAAUGCCUAUCAGUUGCUCAAAACAAAUAACAGCACCAGCACCAGCACUACCACCAGCACUACUAGCACCACCAGCACCACAACGACACCAGCACCACGUCGCAGUGGGAAACAGAUGUUGCAGCGUCGCGAGGAUCUCAAUGUGCUGGAGAGUAAUAUUUCGAGUGCGGCUAGAUUGGAAAUGUCUACCGAGUUCUUUGUGGUGCCCACGCUAAUGGCGAGUACCACCACCACCAGCAGCAGCCCCCGUAGCAGAGGCAGCAAUAACAAUACAACCUCCGGCACUUCACCCACUCGUAGUCAGGGCGCUCGAGCACGAGCCGCGAAUACACCACGUGCCACGCAGGGUGGCAAUGCGACACCACCGAGCAUUGUGUCCACCACACAGCUUCCGUUCGCCGGCCUGCGAAAGGAGGUUUGGGUGGUGCCAGUCCUGGUGCUGGCCAGCCUCACCAUGCUGAUGAUGGGCGCCUUCGAGAUCUUUGUGUUGUUCAAGGCCUGGCGCACAUCGCCAUCGCGCCGCCAUCUCUUUCUGGGUCAGAUGCUGCUGCUCGGACUGUUCUCCUGCGCCGGAUUGGGUGCAGUGAUCACGGCACAGCCUACGCUGCUCAGCUGUGGCGCCAUACGCUUUGGUGUGGGCGUGGCAUAUGCUCUGGUAUUUGCCGCACUGCUCGUUAAGUGUGUGUUCCUUAUUAGUUUGAAUGGUGGCGUCUAUUUGCCAGCACCUUAUCAGGGAUUGCUGUUGCUCUUCGCGCUGCUCAUUCAGGUGGCGAUUGGGGCACAGUGGCUGCUGACACAGCCACCAGAGAUAUAUACGACAAGUGUGCCGGUGAUGGGCAGUGGUUUCCUAUCAACCACAGUCGCAUCGCAGACAAACUAUUCGGCGCUCUUCUAUCCGACAUCGUAUACAACGCUGGAUGGUACGCCGGAGAUUUACACGAGAAUUGCGGCAGUGAGCACCGUGCUGAUACCGUUGUGCAAGACACAGUUCUCGGAGCUGUUAUUCUCGCUGAUCUACAUUGUGUUCCUCAUUGUGUUCAUUGCGGUGCUUGCGAUCAAAUCGCGUGGCAUACGCGACAAUUAUCGGGAGGCGACCUACAUUGGCCUGGCCAUUGGUGGUGCAAUACCCAUCUGGCUGGGCUGGAUGCUAUGCGGCCUAGCAGUCGCUGAGCGGCACAAGGAUGCGUGCAUUGCGUUUGGUUUGGUGGCGACGUCGGCCACCGUUUUCCUGGUCAUGUUUAUGCCCAAGGGCAGGCAGCUGGCGGCAAUGGGCAAGGAAGGACUUUAUGUGGAGGAUCGCGAGGAGCAGUUUAGUUCGCUGAGUCGCGCUGGAUCGGGCUAUUCGCCUUCGUUCUUCCACUUCAAGCCCAUCAAGUAUGGCGUGAUGAGCGGGUGUGGCUUGCCCAAUUCCGCAACGAAUACGGGCCAGGGACUCAGCUCCAAACACUGCUCCAGUGCCAAUAAUGGCGGAGAUCGAGUCGCUUUGGUCACCGCCGCACCGCCGAGUUAUACACGUAUGUAUCACUAUUUUCCAGCACAUUUGAGCCCGCACCCGUUCUGCUAUUACCCACCCGCACCACCACCACCACCACCGCCUGCACCGCCCACACAGCUGGCUACACCGUUGACCCUAAAACAGCUGGGUAACUCGCUUACCUCCAUGACACAGGCGGCGCAGUUGGCCAAAACGCUACGUUAUGCGCCAGGCAUGUUUAUUCGUCCCGAUGAAACGAAUCUUUACACGACGCUGGAGCCCACAUUAAGCAGCAAUCCGAAUGUUUAUUUCCAGCGCAGCGGCGCUGUGCAUCCGGGCAUAUUGUAUUGACUAGAGGAGCAGAAGAGAGCAAAGAGCCACUGGAGCUAUCGAGAACACUGGAACUGAGUAUUUUUUCUUAAUAUUAAGCUACAGCACAUAGCGCUCCCCUCACAACCCUAAUACGGCUCCCAAGGAGCAGCAAUAAGUGAAUGAAUCGGAUUAAAUAGUGUAAAACUUUUGUCAUAAUGUCUAAGCUCCUA